AUGGCUGGAGACAAUGGCCCCCGCAGCGUGGCAGACGCCACGCGCUUUACUGCCAAUACACCACAUGCCAGCGCAAAGGCCCGCGCCGUCUCACAGCAGCAGAAGCAGCAGCAGAAGCCAUCGUCAUCGACCAAGACCUCUUCAGCUCCGGGUUCGAGGACAACAGCAGGCCCCCAACCGCCGAGGAGGCCUGCGCCCAUGUCGUCGGCUGCCACGAUCGGAGGACCCGGAGGCCAGCGCCCCGAGUCGUUGGACGAGAGGGUUAGAAGGUUAAGAGCCGCCCACCUGGCGGCCAGGAACCAUGAUGUGUCGAGGAUGGACAAGGUCAUUAGCAGUUCGCGGCGGUAUAUGGAUGCGGCGCACAGGUACACAGUUUUGGGCUUGAUAGGUUUCAGUGGAAUUGCUUUGCUUGUCACAGUGUACGCAACAGUCGACAUGAUGGUUUACAACAGGAAGCGCCGGAAUGAAUUCUUUGCCCUACAGCAGCAAUUGCAAACCGACAGUCUCGAGGCAGCCCGUCUGGCUUACAUGACCGGCUCCGCCACCGAGGAACAAAUCGCCUUGGUCGAGGACGCCACCGAAAAGGCAAAGCAGGCCGGUAUGCAAUUGCCAAGUCUCCUAGGCACAGCAAAGGCAUCGGAAUCGACAGACGCCGCUUCCACAUCGACAGCCGAGAGGACAGUCUGGCCGGGCGAGUCGUUGCAGGAGAGCUCGCUCAGCGGUGCGAAUGAGGUGGAGGCUCCGAAGAGCAAGGGCAUUACUGGGUGGUUAUUCGGCGGCUUGAAGAAGGAGGAUACCGCCGCCAGCCAAGGUAACCUGAGCUUCAACAAGGAAGAGGCUACGGCCUCCGGGCGGGCUGGUGCCGCCGCCCAGGCUGUGGCUGGCCAGGCGGACGCUCUCAAGGACAAGGCCAAGGCAGCUUUCGAGACGGAGAAGGAGAAGCAGAGGACAGGUGGCCCGCUUGACCAGGUUGGUCUGGAUGCGGGCGAGAAGAAGAAGUCAGGAUGGUUCUGGUGA